UCUAAAUAUAGAAAUGGAAAGUCACAGAGUAGAACAUUGUAAGAGCUGUGAAGGAAUCAUCCGUCAGUUUUCAUUGGUCUCAGUGGUAGGACACUAACAGGCUGUAAAAACAAAUGAAUGACACACUUUCUUUUUUUUUGUUUUGUUUUUAUUACGAGAUUAUAGAGACACAGUUUUCAUUGCGUUUUUUUUUUAAAUUAGUUCGCCAAUAGUCCAAACAAAAACAUUGGAUGUCAGAAAUAGUUUUUCUUUCAUUAUGUUGACAACAUGGUGGAUUAAAGUUGUGAUAUUGACAAAGUUUUACCUACUGGCUGUCACCUCUGAGGUAAUCGUCACCUGUCAGAAUAUAACUAUUACAUUUGUUGAUUCAAAACUGACUAAAGACACCUCAUGUUCUAGCUGCGUGACGACACAAGAGACUAGAGAUUGUCUGUCUAUGAGCGUGUACAGUCAGGAACAACUGAUUAUUAAUGGAAGUGUGAAUUGGACUUUCCUUGAUAUUGAUGCUAGAAGUUCGUGUUCUGUUCACAUUGCUGAAAUAAGUCAACGGACAUACUUCAAGACUUGUAACGUAACUUUCUAUUCUAGAAGUGAAGUCAAAAGUUUCCUCUGUCAAGUCUCACAAAUAGAAUACAGACACAAUAGAGAGAAUGUGAGCAGGUUUCAAGUUUAUAUCAACACAUCAGUUUGUGCCUUCAGUUUAGUCAUCAUCUUCUUUAUUGUCUUGAUACUAGCUAAGUGUUGCAACAAUUGCUAUAAGGCAGAGAAGAACGUGUCUGAUUACGUCACAAUGACAGAUACUAAAGAAGAAGAUGUCGAGCAUGACGCUGCGGAUACAGACACUUCUUGUGAGCUGAGAAACUGGGUCGUCAUCUCUCCUUCAGAGACGGAAGGUGUACCUACCAAUGUUUGUUAUAUCACUCCGGCUGACCUUGACAUUUCAAGGCAUCGUCUCAAACCGAUUAGAAAAUCCAUUUUGUCAACAACCCAGAAACUGAUGCAACCGUCGGCUUUAAAAAAUCUCUUUCCAAAGAAAACGAAUUCAGGUCCCCCAAAGCAAGAGUCUCUACCUCCUCCUCCGCCAUGCCGAAAACUGUCAUCAAACCCUCAUUACGUGAACACAGACGACGGCUAUAUCAAAAUGACAUUACCGGCAAAGUCUGGUCAGAUAGAGUCAAACAAUAAUGGCUAUGUGUCAGCAACAAGUUCCUCAAGAAAUAUACAUACAUGAAGUCAUUCAACGGAAGUCUUUCUUCCAAGUAAAUAACUCCUAAACCAAGGGAGGUAAUACAAGUUGUGUCUUCACUUUGAACAAUAUGUAACACUAAACGUAAAAAAUAGAUCGUAAUGUCCAAGUAGUCGCUAGCAUCCCUACCUAAUGGACUCGAGUUUGAAUCCCAUUAAAAAGUUGGAUUGAAAAUGUGGACAAUUUGUGGACAUCCUGAGUCCACUUAGCUCUUUAACCGGCAUGGAAACAUAAGAGCCCUAGAGAUGUCAAGAUCUAAAAAGGAGUCUUUAACUUUGCUUACUUGUACUAAAAGAAUUACGGUAAAACUACAAUUUAAUGGAACGUUGAAUCUCUUGAUUGCAAUCAUCGUUCUACAAUGUUAAAUAGGUUCAGAAGUCUUGAAGACCAUAAACAAUUGGUGUAAGCAUUGAAGGAUUUUCAUAGAUAGCAAAAGAAGCGGACGUCACAGACUUAACAAAAAGAGAGACAAUUUUCGAAAGACGUUUUGUGAACCGAAACAUUUUGUCCAAAAAAAAAGAAAAUAGAAAAUAGGCCAAUGAUGAGUCCGUGAGUUCAGUUUCCAAAUUUUGCUGCUUUGUCAGAGUGUUUUAAAUAUAAACUAAUGAUCAUAACACUUGAUUAUCUAAUCUGUUGAAGACUUUAUGUUGAGACAAACUCAUUCAAUUUGGAUCUGAUAAAUGUUUUCGUCGCUUUAAGAUGACUAAGUAGUUCAUGGAGCAAUGGUUUCCUGUGUGUCAGGAGGUGACUAAGACUUGAACUUUUGGUGUCAUGAAACCAAGACAAAAUAAAAUGUAAAGUUGUGAAGACACAACCACCAAAAGAACGUGACGGACAUUGAAACAGAAGUGUGUAUUGAGAGUUUUAGAUUGUUUCAAGAUAAAACUUUUGAUUUCAGUAAACAAAGAAAACAGAUCUCCUUCUGAGACGAACUAAAGCAGACACGUGAUUGUUUUAUCAGGAAAAUGAUUUAGUGUUUGUGUUCCUUAUAUGUCUAUGUAAGAGUUGGCGAGAAGUUUAAACACGCAAACAUAUACACCAAGAGAAUAGAAAGACGAGAUGAAAUGACUUAAGUUACAUAGAUCUAGAGUUGUAGCAGGGUGUUACAUAGAUUUAUAGCAGGGUGUUACGUGAAGCUGUGUCAGGGUGUUACAUGAAGCUGUGUCAGGGUGUUACAUGAAGCUGUGUCGGGGUGUUACGUGAAGCUGUGGAAGGGUGUUACAUGAAGCUGUGGAAGGGUGUUACAUGAAGCUGUGGAAGGGUGUUACAUGAAGCCGUGUCAGGUUGUUACAUGAAGCUGUGUCAGGGCGUCAUGUGAAGCUGUGUCAGAGUGUCAUGUGAAGCUGUGUCAGGAUGUCAUGUGAAGCUGUGUCAGGUUGUUACAUGAAGCUGUGUCAGGGUGUUACAUGCAGCUAUGUCAGGUUGUUACAUGACGCUGUGUCAAGGUGUUACAUAAAGCUGUGUCAGGAUGUCAUGUGAAGCUGUGUCAGGGUGUCACGUGAAGCUGUGUCAGGGUGUUACAUGAAGCUGUGUCAGUGUGUUACAUGAAGCUGUGUCAUGGUGUUACAUAAAGCUGUGUCACGGUGUCACGUGAAGCUGUGUCAGGGUGUCACGUGAAGCUGUGUCAGGCUGUCACAUGAAGCUGUGUCAUGGUGUUACAUAAAGCUGUGUCACGGUGUCACGUGAAGCUGUGUCAGGGUGUCACGUGAAGCUGUGUCAGGCUGUCACAUGAAGCUGUGCCAGGGUGUUACAUGAAGCUGUGUCAGGGUGUCACGUGAAGCUGUGUCAGGGUGUUUUAUAAAGUUAUAUUAUUGGAUUAUCGAUUUCUGAUAUUGUAGAACUUAGUUUCCAUGUCUCUAAAUGUAUCAGAUAGUAAAACAUCAUUAGUGUCAUGUUUAUGUAACUUAUUAUCAUGACUAGUUAAAAAGUAGUUCUUGUUUAGCUUCAUCAAUAUUAACGAAAUUUUUUUUGUUCUUUUGAACAUGCAGGACCUUUCUUUGAAUCGCAAAUGUGAACCAAUGCAGAGCUUUUAAAUUUGUAUAGAAGUGAAACUUGUUAGUCAAACCCCAAAUAUAUUUGUAAGAUUUUAGGCAUAUGCAGAUACAUUUUUGAAACCAUGUCUAGUUAUCUCUUUAGACACACGCUUACAUACACACACACCUAUGUACAUUAAAGCUUGCUUUUUACUUACUUCCUGUUUCUGACUGACACUCCAACGAGAUUUGAAAGCGUUCGAAACAGAAAGUGACUACUUUGACCACAAACUCAAAACAUUCUUUAUCUUUGUUUUAAUUGUAGACCUAUAUUUUUCAACGUAAUUAUUCCAAAAUAGUGCUUACACAUCCUGUGCAUAGUAUCGACAGUAACAAUCAAUACCUUUUAUGUACCUCCGUUAUGCGUGGGGGGAGAGGGGGGGUUUUAUGCCUCUUAUUGGUUGUUCCGGCCUUAUAUCGCUUUGUUUGGUAGACAUGAAUAUUUAUUGAUUCCAAUAUCUGCGAGUUUCAAAAUGUCUACAUUAAUUUUAAAAAGUGCUCGAAGAUCCUAUGAAUGUUUAUUACAUUUUAAUUUACAAAAAUUUUAUAAAUUCAAGUGUGAAAUCUGGACUAGUUAGUACUAAUACUAGUAGUAAUAAUGUUUGUGACCGAAUUAUGGCCCCUUCUCGAAUCUACUGGCUCCUUAGAGGUGGAUAGCCAUGGAAACUCUAAAACAUUGGGAAAGAUGUAAUUAUAAUAUUCAGGGUUAUUAAAAGGCUCUUUACCUCUAUGUUUAAUUGAUCAUCAGAGAUACGAAGAGUCUGAGUUUUGAGUCACUUCAUUAAUAGAGUUAAUGCCCUUCAACAAUGGGAUAUUAUUUGUAUGUGUUCUAUAAUUGUUGGCUGUUGCGUUGUAAAAACAGGAUGUGAGCUAAUAAAAUAAAAGUUCUAUAAUA